GGACGGCCCGCUGCACUUUGCUUUCCUGUAUCUUGCUGUGCAGAGCUUUGCAUCUGGGGCUGGCUAUCUGAUCCCUUCACCAUGAGCUGCAGCAUCAAGAGAACAUCCAGCACCUCGUACAGGAGCGGAGGAGGAGGUGGAGGCGCCUGUGGUGGCAGCAGCGGCCGCAGCUCCUCCGUGUCCUGCCGGCGCUACGCCUCUUCCGUGAUCGGCGGGGGCAGCUACGGUGGGGCAGCCUGCGGGGGCUACGGGGGCAGCCUCAGCAUGGGCAGCCUUGCUGGGGGCUUUGGCGGGGGCUUUGCGGGGAGCUGCGGCCCUGGGGGAGACCUGCUGCUGAGCGGCAAUGAGAAGGUCACCAUGCAGAACCUCAACGACCGCCUGGCGUCUUACCUGGACAAGGUGCGAAGGCUGGAGGAAGAGAACGCUCAGCUUGAGCACCACAUCCGGGAGUGGUACAGGAAACAAGCUCCCAGUGUUUCCAAGGACUACAGCUCCUACUACCAGACCAUCGAACAACUCCAAAAUCAGAUCAUUUCUGCCACUGUGGACAAUAACAGAAUGAUUCUGGACAUUGAUAACAGCAAGAUGACUGCCGAUGACUUCCGAAUGAAGUAUGAGAAUGAGCUGGUCAUCCGUCAGACCGUGGAGGCUGACAUCAAUGGCCUUAGAAACAUCCUGGAUGGUCUCACUACCACUCGGUCUUCACUGGAAUCUGAGCUGGAGUCUUUGAAGGAUGAGCUGAUUGCUCUGAAGAGAAACCAUGAGGAGGAAAUGAGGCAGCUCCAGUCCCAAACUGGUGGCAAUGUGAGCGUGGAAGUCAAUGCCGCCCCUGGAGAAGACUUGACAAAGACCCUGAAUGACCUGAGAAAUGAAUACGAGGAGAUCAUUGCAAGGAACCGCAAGGAGGUGGAGCAGUGGUAUGAGGUGAAGAUCCAAGAAGUCAAUCAGCAGGUCACUUCCAGCAGCCAGGACAUCCAGACCAGCAGCCACCAGCUCACCGAGCUGAGGCGCGAGAUGCAGAACCUGGAGAUUGAACUGCAGGCGCAGCUCAGCACGAAAAGCUCUCUGGAAAACUCCCUGGCAGAAACUGAGUCUCGCUAUGGCCGCAUGCUGCAACAAAUCCAGGGGCAGAUCAACUGCGUUGAGGAGGAGCUGGCCAGCAUCCGCUGUGAGGUGGAGAGUCAGAGCCAGGAGUACAAGAUGCUCCUGGGCAUCAAGAUGCGCCUGGAACAGGAGAUCCAGCAGUACCGGGCACUGCUGCAGGAGGGGCAGCAGGAUCUUGUAUCAUCUCAAGGAGCUCUCCAAGGAGGAGGAAUGUCCUCCCACUCUUAUUCUUCUAGUUCCUACUGUCAUGGUCAAUCUAGUGACAAGGCAGGGCAGUCAAGAGUGUGCUAAGAUACCACCGACUCGUUGGGCUUCCCUGAUCCAAUCAGUGCCAUGGGAGCAGCCCGGCCCACAACGUGGUAACGCAAAGCCCACACGCGCUGUGACGUACCCCACCCAGAGAUUGCUCUCCAAAUGCUUUUCCUAAAGUUAUCUACUUCUCCCUUCUCAUGCUGUCCAUCACUGUGAUCACUGUGCUUACACACAGGUCUCUGCAGUGCACUUGGUACUCUACUGCACAACAAUUCCUCAAAUAAAGCUUUACCUUUCUGCAGUGCAAAGAAAA